CCCGCCGUCCCCAACCCCUCCCGGCGGCCCGGCUGCGCGUGCGCCGCGGCCCCGCGUCUCCCCAGCGGCAGCGAAGGAGUUUGGAAGUUCAAAAUGGCCGCCGCGGCGGAGCCCGAACAGCGAGCGCCCGAGGCUGAGGAUGCUAACGCAUCUGAGAAAAGUACAAAUGAAGAAAAUGGGGAAGUGUCAGAAGCAGAUCAACCUCAGAACAAGCACAGCCGACACAAAAAAAAGAAACACAAACACCGAAGUAAACACAAGAAACAUAAACAUUCAUCAGAAGAAGAUAAGGACAAAAAACAUAAACACAGACACAAACAUAAGAAACAUAAACGGAAAGAGGUAGCCGAUGCCUCUGACAAGGAAGAUGGACCAGCUAAAAGAACUAAAAUUGAUUUUUUAGCUCCUCUGGAAGACUUGGAGAAACAAAGAGCUUUAUUGAAAGCUGAACUUGAAAAUGAAUUAAUGGAAGGCAAAGUCCAGUCUGGUAUGGGAUUAAUAUUACAAGGUUAUGAGUCGGGAUCUGAAGAGGAGGGGGAAAUUAACGAAAAGGCACGAAAUGGAACUAGACCUGCAACUAAGUCAAACACUAAGGGGAAAUUAGAACCUGUGGAAAAUAAAGCUAGUUCCAAAAAAGGAAAUAAGAGUGAAUCAAAAGAAAGGACUAGGCACAGAUCUGACAAAAAGAAAAGCAAGGUAGCGGUUGAUGGAAUCAAAGAGAAAACAACCAGAAGCAAGUCGAAAGAGAGGAGAAAAUCCAAAAGCCCCUGUAAAAGAAGUAAGUCUCAAGAUCAGACUUCAAGGAAAUCAAGAUCUCCAAUGCUUAAAAGAAGAUCUCAGGAGAAAAAUAGGAAGUCUAAAUCUCCCCCAGAAGACAGAAACAAGGCUGACGAUAAGAGUAAAUCAAGGGAUCGCAGGAAGUCUCCAGUUGUAAAUGAAAGCAAAAGUCGAGAUCGCGGCAGAAAGUCCAAAUCUCCAGCAGAACUCAGAAGCAAAUCCAAAGAUAGACGAUCGCGGUCCAAAGAUAGAAAAUCUAGGCGAUCAGAGACUGACAAAGAUAAAAAGCCAAUUAAAUCUCCUUCUAAAGACGCUUCUUCAGGGAAAGAAAACAGGUCCCCCAGAAGACCUGGCCGAAGCCCAAAAGGAAGAAGCUUGUCUCCUAAGCCACGUGAAAAGUCAAGAAGAAGCAGGUCCCCUCUCUUUAAUGAUCGUCGAUCCAAACAGAGUAAAUCUCCCUCUCGAACCCGCUCUCCAGCUAGAAGAUUGAGGAGUAGAUCUGCAGAAAGGAAGAGAAGGGAAUCAGAAAGGAGGCGUCUUUCAUCUCCCAGAACGCGGACCAGAGAUGAUAUUUUGUCUAGACGUGAAAGAUCAAAAGACAUCAGCCCGCCCAGCAGAUGGUCUCCAUCCCGAAGGAGGUCCCGCUCACCCAUUCGGAGGAGGUCUCGCUCACCCCUUCGACGCAGCCGGUCUCCACGAAGGAGGAGUAGGUCCCCUCGGAGGAGGGAUAGAGGCCGAAGAAGUAGGUCUCGCCUUCGAAGGAGGUCCAGGUCACGUGGUGGCCACAGACGUAGGAGUAGGAGCAAAGUUAAAGAAGACAAAUUUAAAGGCAGUCUUUCUGAGGGCAUGAAAGCUGAACAGGAGUCUUCAUCCGAUGAAAAUCUUGAAGAUUUUGAUUUGGAAGAAGAGGAUGAAGAAGCAGAAAUAAGACAGCGAAGGUUACAGCGGCAAGCAAUCGUGCAGAAAUACAAGGGCCAGACAGAAGACAGUAAUAUAUCUGUGCCAUCUGAACCAAGCAGUCCUCAGAGCAGUACGCGCAGUCGCUCAAAUUCACCGGAUGACAUCCUGGAAAGGGUCGCUGCUGAUGUGAAAGAGUAUGAACGGGAAAACGUGGACACCUUUGAGGCAUCAGUAAAAGCCAAACACAACCUCAUGACAGUGGAACAGAACAACGGUUCAGCUCAGAAGAAACUGCUGGCUCCUGAUAUGUUCACAGAAUCAGAUGAUAUGUUUGCUGCAUACUUUGAUAGUGCUCGUCUAAGGGCUGCUGGAUUUGGAAAAGACUUCAAAGAAAACCCCAAUCUCAGGGAUAACUGGACUGAUGCAGAAGGCUAUUAUCGUGUUAAUAUAGGUGAAGUUCUAGAUAAACGUUACAAUGUCUAUGGUUACACUGGUCAGGGAGUCUUCAGUAAUGUAGUACGAGCCAGGGAUAUGGCGAGAGCAAACCAAGAAGUAGCGGUUAAAAUCAUCAGGAACAAUGAACUUAUGCAAAAAACUGGUCUAAAAGAACUGGAAUUUUUGAAGAAGCUCAAUGAUGCAGAUCCCGAUGACAAGUUUCACUGUCUGAGAUUGUUCAGGCAUUUCUACCACAAACAACAUCUCUGUCUGGUAUUCGAACCACUGAGUAUGAACUUAAGAGAGGUGUUGAAAAAGUAUGGGAAAGAUGUUGGUCUCCAUAUUAAAGCUGUGCGUUCCUACAGCCAGCAGUUGUUCCUGGCUUUAAAACUUCUUAAAAGAUGCAAUAUCCUACAUGCAGAUAUUAAACCAGACAAUAUUUUGGUGAAUGAAUCUAAAACGAUAUUAAAGCUUUGUGAUUUUGGAUCAGCUUCCCAUGUUGCAGAUAACGACAUCACGCCGUAUCUAGUCAGUAGAUUUUACCGAGCUCCUGAAAUCAUUAUAGGAAAAAUCUAUGACUAUGGUAUAGAUAUGUGGUCUGUAGGCUGCACGUUAUAUGAACUUUAUACAGGAAAAAUACUCUUUCCUGGCAAAACCAAUAACCAUAUGUUGAAACUAGCCAUGGAUCUCAAAGGAAAGAUGCCAAACAAGAUGAUUCGAAAAGGUGUGUUCAAAGAUCAGCACUUUGAUCAAAAUCUCAACUUUAUGUAUAUAGAAGUAGAUAAAGUGACAGAAAGGGAGAAAGUUACUGUAAUGAGCACCAUUAAUCCAACUAAGGACCUGUUAGCAGACUUGAUUGGGUGCCAGCGACUCCCAGAAGACCAGCGUAAAAAAGUACACCAGCUGAAGGACUUGUUGGACCAGAUCCUAAUGUUAGAUCCAGCUAAACGGAUUAGCAUCAACCAGGCUCUGCAGCACGCCUUCAUCCAGGAAAAAAUUUAAACCAGAUGAAGAAGUUCAAAGGGUUUGAGUAAUUAAGAUACAAAGACUGAAGAAAUUUCACAGCAGUUAUUAAUGUAUAUAAACAUAAAUAUUUGCCCUGCAAAGUUGAGGAAGAAAAGAUACAUUUGAAUUAACGUCAAGGCUGAUAUUUCUUUUAGAAAUGUUAGAGUAAUUCUGUUUUGUGUCUUAUGUGAAAAUUUUCACUGUAGAACUGUUUUAAUUGCCAAGACUGCACAGAAGUACAAUGCUAAUGUAUAUGGUUGCAGUUCGUAUAUAUUAUAAAAAAGAAAAAAAGCAUCUGUUUAAAAAAAAAAAAAAAAAGAGCAGUAAUACUGGGUGGUUGAUUUGUUUUUAGCAGACUUGGCUUCAUUUUUGUCUUUAAAAAAUGGCCAGCAUAAAUGCUGUUUAUAUUCACAUUUUCCUAGGUGUGUGUGUGCAGGCCACAGCAGCAUGCCCUUGGUGUAGUCAGUGCCGAAGGGGGUCUGUUCCUUCUUGAGCCUGCCUGCAGGGAUGGUCUCCUCUUUUAAAGCAGGUUGUGUACAACUUUCAGUACACUGAAGGUAAGCUAACCCAUCAACAUCACCGGUGUUUAAGCUGUUAUUUUACUGGAACAACUGACAAAUGAGAGACAGUAGCAUUGUGGCAGAAUUCCCUGCAUGUUUGAUAAAUGAUCUUGUUUUUAUUUUCUGGCAUUGCAACUGUGGCAUAGUUACAACUUCCGUUCUGUUCAUCACAUUUACAAUUUUGAGAGCGCGCACUUGAUGGAUAGAGCGCCUUCAGUGUACUGUUUCUUAUUACUUUAAUUUUUUUAAUCAACUUGCUAUAGACUUUGUAUACAUUUUGUUAAAUACAGUUCACUAUGACAUAGAGCCAAUACUUACGGAAGAGUUUUCAUUUAGUAAUUACAUACGUUGGGAUCUCAUUUGAAAGAACUUAUAUCUAAAGGAUAGAUAGACCACAUAAGGAAACUUUUUAACUAUUUGUAUGUCAUUUUGAAAGUGUACUGCUUUAUGCUAAAAGUGUUUCAUUUGUUUUCAUUGUUUUCAUUAUUUGUGAUCAUGUUGUCUUUCAAUACAGGCAUAAACCUUCCACUCUUGAACAAAGCAGCUGCUUUUUAAAAGCGAAAAAGGAAAGCGAGUCACAGGCCACUCAACGCCUACUCCAUGGGGUCUGAUUUGCUGAGACACCAACUUCACCUUCCUAACAAGGUUAUUUCUGACAGCAUGUGUAGAUAAACAUUUAGCAACAAGUUAAAAACAGCUUGAAACAUUUGAAUUGGUUAUACAACAAGAGAAAAACAGAAUCAGACUUUUCAGAUCCUUACUGCUGUUCUAAACUACUCUUAUUAAGAGGUUCCUCUUUACAUUUUUGAUCAAUAUAUUCUGAAAACCUGUGAUAAACCCACUGGUUUCACUUAUUUUAUAACACUUAUUUGAACUAAGAAGGGUUUUUGUAUCCAUCUAGGUCCGUAAAUGACAACAGUCAUGCACUCCGCGAAGUGCACGCAGGAAUGGAAAAAUGAGGCAAAGCAGUCAUUCUGCUGGUGGGGAAUACCCCACCGAGGAGAUGUAAUGGCCUAACUACAAAAACAGGCAGGAGAUGGGUCGUUUGUAAGCUAUUUGGAACCUUCCACCUGUCUCUCCUCAGUUGUAAAAUUCUUGAUAAGAAAUAAUCCGUCCUUAUUUCCACAUGUUAAGGUAUCUUGUUUGUAGCAGAAGUAAAUUCAGCUUUCACGUUUAAUGAAGCAGUAGUUGUCUGCUUGUUAACUGCAGAAAGAAACCUGCACUUUCACAACAUAGGCAGAGCUUCUGAGGGCAGUUUUACACAGGAAUUAGCAGCUUAUUCUUGCUGAUGCUUUGUACUUUAUUCUUAAAAUAGGAAUGUGAAACAAAUGAGUUGGUGAUGCAGAAACAAAGCAGUAGGAAAAUGCACCUUAAUACCUACAGAACUGUUUUAAGCUGUUCUGGAGAAGCGUAAAGUUGCUCGUUCACUUGUUCUUUGUGUUGUAGGUGCAGCUCAAAAGAAGAUGAUGACUACCAGAAGACAUGAACAAAGGGUAAGUGGCAAUAAACCUCUGAAGAACCUUUAUAUGUAUAUUGACCUGUACACAGAAGGCAGACCAGUCUGUGAGACUACUGGAGAUAAAGCAAUCUUCUACAGCAUGUGUCAGAUUGUAACUGUGCAGAAUGUUGGCAAGUGGCUGCUGCUUGAAGUUAAUAAAGUAUGCUUAAACUUA